GCUACGCAUAGCGUCGAAAUCCCCCUCCCAGCACACAAUCACCGCCGACGACGAUCAUUCAAGCGACCACUUGAAGCCGAUCACCCUUAAACCUGUUCAGCAACUGCGGAGACGAUGGCGUUUGCGCGCAGACUUGCUAUUCUCCCAGGAGGCCUAGGUAGGGACAGAUUCCCGCGUGCGGGGUAAUUGGUCAGGGCUGGGGAGGGGGGUAGAAAAAAUGAACAAAAAAUCAACAAGACAAAAUGUAAAUCGACUGACGCUCGGAAUUUCCGUAUCUGAAACAGGAGGGCUCGGAACGAGCAUAGGCAAGAAACUGCGCGAGCAAGGUGCCCGAAUCGCCAUCCUCUACGCUCCCUUCGAGACGGCCCGGCGCGACGAGCUGCUACAAGCCGGCUACGCAGGCGUCUCUGCCCCCGAACGGGGCGAUAUCCGUGCCUAUGAAUGCGACAUCACCUCGCCGGAAUCGGUCGAGUCGGCCUUCGACGCCCUGUACCGGGACGCGGUGGCACCUUCCUCGUCGACGGGGGAGCGCGCCUUCCCCAGCAUCCUGAUCAAUACGGCCGGCUAUGUAUCGCUCAGCGAUAUGGAGGCUACGCCACCCGAGGAGACGCUCAAGCAUCUGACAACUAACAUCAUGGGUCCAAUGCUGUGCUCGCAGGCGUUCGCGAGGAUGUACUUCGCAGUGUCGCAGGCGGCUGCCGAGUCCUCGGCGCCGAGUCCCCCGCCUCCUGGGCGCAUAGUGAGCAUCUCGUCGCAGGCGGCGCAUGCGGCGCUGCAUCGGCAUGGUGCGUACUGUGCGUCUAAGGCGGGGUUGCUGGGGUUGACGCGCAGUAUGGCGUCUGAGUGGGGUGGGCGUGGGAUCACGGCCAACACGGUGUCGCCGACUGUGGCCUGGACGGAUCUCGGGAAGAAGGCUUGGGGGGAGGAAUCCGUUCGAGAGGCCUUUUUGAAGACUAUACCGACUGGGAAGUUUGCUCUGCCGGAGGAGGUCGCUGAUGCGGUCAGCUUUCUUUGUCAGGACUCCAGCGGUAUGAUCAAUGGUGCGGAUAUUAGAGUUGAUGGUGGAUUUACUGUUAGAUAGUGUGGUAUAGACAUUGUGUAGAUACUGUGCCACUGUUUAGGAUGGUGUGGGCAUUUGGUUCUGGUCAUUCCUUGGAACAUACCUAGCUCGUUGGAUGGGAGGUUCUAAUAUACUUGUCCUACACAUUUAGCCCUCGCAACGCGUCAAUAUCAUGAUUUUCA